GUGUGCAUAAUUCCACAUUUCCACGAGUGCUAGUGCCAAUAAGCAGGCACAUUGUCACAUGGAGCGCUUACCAGCUAGUCUGUCCCCUUGUCAAACCGGCGCAUGACCCUGUCUUGCACCCAAACAAAAGCUAUCUCUCUCUCUCUAAUUGUAUUCAUCGGGAGUUGCUUCAGACUUUUGAGCAAUAGCCCACUUUAAUACCACCGCUGCUUAUAUAUAUUCUCCUCCCUUGCUUCAUCCCAAGUGCUUUGGUAGGUCUGUUAGCUCAGCGCGCGUACUUGUCUCUUCUCACGCCCUUUUACAUACGCACUUCUUCUUGGAGGGGUCUCUGCACUUUGCAGCAGCAGACCUUUUCUUCAGAGUUCAGAGAGAGUUCAGAGCUCAGAGAGUCCAGGGAGAGUUGAAAGAGAGAUGGGGAGGAAGCUAAGCCUAGAUAAGGUCCUGGAUUGCUUCUCACUCUCCCUGUGCGCGAACGCCUGUGUCUGCAUACAUUCAGUCGAAGAUGAGGAGGAUGAGGAGAACGAGGGGAUGGCCCUGGUGAGUGCUCAGCUCGAUGAGAUGGUGAAGCUCAAGGAUUUCGGUGCUGGGGCCAAGACUCUUGCUUUCCAUCUCGAGCCAAAGACAGUGGAGCUCAGGGUGUCCAUGCACUGCUAUGGAUGUGCGAAGAAAGUUCAGAAGCACAUCUCCAAGAUGGAAGGUGUAUCAUCAUUUGAGGUCGAUUUGGAGAGCAAGAAGGUGGUUGUGACGGGGGACAUCACGCCCUACGAGGUGCUGGUGAGCGUCUCCAAGGUGAUGAAGUUCGCAGAGCUGCUGGUGGCCCCCAACUCUCCAACUCCGAGUAGAUAGAUGAUACUACUAGUAUAAGGGGUGUGACAUUAUCCCAUUGAUCAAAUCCGAUGUAUGCUCUGGUCGCCAUCGAUUUCGCGCAAGCUUAAGGCACGCGCAGAAGCAGCACGCAACACAGGCACGGCCGGGAAGAAGAUUUGGUAAAUUGUGCAGGAAACCAAGGAAGAAGGGCUGGUGGUUGAUCGGUCUAACUGGUGUGGUGUUGGUACAAUUGAUCGAGUAUUAAUUUGGAGUAACAAA